UAUCAAAUUACAGUCUAUCCAUGCUGUGUUUACGAAGAUUUUACUGAGAGAACAACAGGAGCUGUCUUGAUUAUUGUCUGCAGGGUUAUUGCAAAAUCAUCGUAACUGCCCCUUUAGUGGGAGAAAGUAGACAGUGACUAUAGUGCUCUUCAAGAGAGACUGAGGACCUUGCCUGACAAGUUGUCUUACGACGUCAUGGUACCAUUUGGGCCACUUGCCUUCAUGCCAGGAAAACUUGUCCACACUAAUGAAGUCACUGUUUUACUUGGGGACAACUGGUUUGCAAAGUGCUCGGCAAAGCAGGCUGUGGGUUUAGUUGAGCACCGGAAAGAACAUGUAAGAAAAACAAUAGAUGAUUUUAAAAAAGUAUUGAAAAAUUUUGAAUCCAGAGUUGAAUUCACAGAAGACUUGCAGAAGAUGAGUGAUGCUGCAGGUGAUAUUGUUGAUAUAAGAGAAGAAAUUAAAAGUGACUUUGAAUUUAAAGGAAAACAACGAAUUGCUCAUAAACCUCAUUCCAAACCGAAAACUUCAAAUAUUUUUGAAGCAGAUUUUGAAAAUGAUAUAAAACCCAAGGAUUUGCUUGCUGAUGAGGAACUAUGGGCUCGACUUGAAGAGCUGGAGAGACAAGAAGAAUUGCUGGGUGAACUUGAUAGUAAGCCUGAUACUGUGAUUGCAAAUGUAGAAGACACAGUGUCUUCUGAGGAUGAAAAGGAAGAUCAUGGCACAGAUGUGAAUGUGGUACCUCCAGUGACAGACUCCUUUGCUCCUGGCAGAUGUUGUAUGCAAGCUCAAAAUGCAGGACUCCCUAAUGGUCAAGCCAGUAGUCAUUUGAAUUGUUCGGUGAAUGGUUCAAAUUCUUACCAUAGCAAUGAAGAAGAAGAAGAAGAAGAAGAAGAUGAUGAUGAUGAUGAUGAUGAUGAUGAAGAUGAAGAUGCUGAUGGUGGUGGUGAUGAUGAUGAUAAUGAAAGUGACCACACUAUUUCAGCAGAUAAUUCUGUACCAACAAUAUAUUUCUCUCAUACUGUUGAACCUAAAAGGGUUCGAAUAAACACUGGGAAGAAUACUACUUUGAAAUUCAGUGAAAAGAAAGAGGAAGCCAAACGGAAACGAAAGAGCAGUGCUGGCAGCCAUGCUACCCAUGAGCUGCCUGCAAUCAGGAGCCCUGCUGAUAUUUACAGGGUUUUUGUGGACGUUGUGAAUGGAGAGUAUGUCCCUCGGAAGUCAAUCCUGAAGUCUCGAAGCAGAGAGAAUAGUGUCUGCAGCGACACGAGCGAGAGCAGUGCUGCUGAUGUGGACGACCGGCGGGGCCUUCUGAGGAGCACCAGCUGGGAGGAGGCCUCGUGCACUGAUGCCAGUGGGAGCACUCUGGAAGAACUCCAAGAAAAUCACCCCAAGAAGCUUUUGCCCUCAGGAGUGACUGAGGCUUUUUCUGGAACUGUAAUAGAAAAAGAAUUUUCAUCACCUUCCUUAGCACCGUACUUAGCCAUUGCUCAUCAUGCCCUACCCACUAUUCCAGAGCGAAAAGAAGUUCUGUCAGAAGCACUGGAAGAAUCUGCCAAGAGGGUUUCCAAGUUCAAAGCUGCCAGAUUGCAGCAGAGAAACUAGAGAGGGAAUGGGCUUCACCUACAGCUCAAGCUUCAUUUUAGGACACAUAGCAGAUUCGGCUCUUGGAGUUGGAAAGACGUCUUGCUUCACUUGGCAAUAGUUCUCUCACCUUUAUCAAUGGCAUUUAAAAAGUCAAAGUAAAUGUUUGAAUACUGUAA